AUGGCUAAGAAGCUAGCUGCAUUGAAACCCCCACUAUUCCUAGGUAAGGAGGAUCCGUUGUUGGUUGAAAACUGGGUACGUGAUUUUGACAAGAUCUUCUCUGCUGCUGGUACACCUGAUGCUCAAAAGGGUCCUAUACUAAGAAACCAAGAGAACUUUGGCUGGGAUGCGUUCAAGUUGGCUAUCAAGGGACGUUUCUUCCCUGAACACAUAAGGAGAAAGAAAUACAAUGAGUUCAGUAGGUUCAAUCAAACUGGGGGCAUGAGCGUGCAAGAAUAUGCUGAGAAGUUUAAUGAAUAUGCUAGGUUCUGUCCAAAUGUGGUACCUGAUGAGAGAGCUAAGGCUUCAAAAUUUGAAGAUGGGUUGAUUUUCAGAAUUCAGAAGAAAGUGAUAGCAGCUGGCGCAACAGCAACAUUCCAAGAAGCAUACGAAAGGGCUUGUAACACCGAAAGGGUGAUAAAACGUGAAGAAGAGGUGAAGAAUAUGCACAAGAAGAGAAAUAAUGCUGAAACCUCCAACCAGCAAGGGUAUGACAAGAAACCUCGCUAUGGAGGAAAUAGUAAUGGCUAUGGCAAUGGAAAUGGCUAUGGGAAUGGAAGUGCCAAUGGUAAUGGCAGUGGCUACAGGUCUAACGAUCGUUACAACAACAACAACCGCAACUACCAAGGUCAAGGAAAUCAGAAUCAGCAAGGAUCCCUUCCUUGCAAGAGAUGUCACAAGAGCCAUCGUGGUCGUACUUGCCAAGGAGACCCAAUCACUUGUUACGAAUGCAAGGAGCCUGGACAUAAGGCACGUGAAUGUCCCAAGAGGCAGGGGAAUAAUCGCCAAGGUCAUAAUGGAAACAAUAAUAGCAAUGGAGGCGGCUAUGGAAGGAACUCGAACAACAAUGUCAAUGGACAUACCAACAAUGGUAAUGCUGGAGCAACAAACACUAACCAGAACAAUGGCAAUGGGAGAACCAGCAAUGGAAGGAUAUAUAUCAUGAACCAGAAUGAGGCUAGCAUCAAUGCCAACGUUGUGACGGGUACUUUUCUAGUUAACUCUAAGCCUGCUUACUUACUUUUUGAUUCAGGGGCGUCCCAUUCUUUUGUAUCCACUUCUUUUGUGAGUAAAAAUGCAUUGAAACCUUCAUCGUCGUGUCAAGCCAAUAUAGUGAUACCAUCUGGGGAAGUUGUGCUUUGUAAAUCCCUAUACCAAAACAUUCCCAUUAAUGUAGCUGGGACUGAGUUACCUGCAGACCUUAUCUAG